CAAAUACUACCACCCCAUCUCACAACCUUCUCAUUUUAGACGUCUCACUCUCUUGCGGUAAUCCUUAACAUGUGCCCUUCGGACAGAACUAUCGGCAGCACAUCCUCGGCCACAACCUCGGAGUCCGGUUUUCGGUCGGCAUUCGACGUCAUCGAUGUCGACCGGGAUGGCAAGAUAAGCCGGGACGAUCUCCGAGCGUUCUACUCGGGGUUUUCGAGCGGCGGCUUUGACGAGAGCACCAUUGGGUCCAUGAUAAAGGCGGCGGAUUCCAACAAAGACGGGUUCGUGGGGUACGAGGAGUUCGAGAAGGUUCUCAACGGCUGUGUUGGCGGCGGCAGCAGCGGCGGCGGCAUAAUGGAGGAGGCGUUCAAGGUGAUGGACAAGGACGGAGACGGCAAGCUGAGCCAUGAGGACUUGAAGAGUUACAUGGAAUGGGCAGGCUUCUGGGCCAGCGAUGAAGACAUCAAGGCCAUGAUUGCGUUGGGCGGUGGUGAUGAGAAGGAGGGUGUGUCCUACCAAGGCCUGCUUAGGAUCCUGGCCGUUGAUUGUUUUGACUAGACUCUCUUUCAUCGUUGACUUUGACUCCUCUUUUUAUGGUCUGUGGAAAAUAAUAUAAAAUGCCACAGCCAGCUCACAGUAACGACACAACUUUCAUUGUCUUUGGUGGUAGUUUCCAAGAAAAGUUGUGGAGGGAAAAUUUUGUGGGUGUUAUUUGUAUUGGUUUGGUGGCGUCCAAAUGAAAUGGCAUUGCUCUAGCCUCUAAGUCAAAAUAUGUCUGUUUGCUUUGUCUUCCGCGUAUAUUUAUUUAUUCCCUUUUUAGAUUGGCGUGUAUUAUAGGGUCCAUUUGCCACCACAAAGGUUUUUUGGUCACGUGUGUACAACUAUAAUGUAUGUUGUUAUUUUGUGCAAAUUUAGAAUUAUACGUAUUUUUGAGGAAA